GCGUCCAGUGAUUGGCUGUUCGGCAGUGUGUGUGCAGGCAGCACAGUCCGUGCGUUUGAAUGUGCAGAGAGUGAACGGGGAUCAGUUCCAUGGACCAUCUGUCUCUGUGGCUGCUGCCCAACAACAAAGGACCCAGGAUGGUGUUAGUUCAUGUUGGAUAUCUGGUUCUCCCCGUGUUCGGCUCAGUUAGAAAUAGAGGAGCUCACUUCACCAGGCAUCAGCACAGCCACGCUACCUCCUGCCGACAUUUUCACCUGGGCACUCCUCAGGCGCCAAUCUCAACUGAGUUUCCUCUUGGACAUGCUAGUCAGUCCCCACAGACAGGUCUGGCCGGCCACCUGCCCCCGGCACACCACGCGCCGCUCACUGCCCUGCAGACACCCCCUCAGUUCCAGGAAGUGCCAGGGUCUCCAUUUCUACCUCAGGCCUUACACCAGCAAUACCUCAUCCAGCAGCAGCUUCUUGAAGUGCAGCACCUCAGGAGUCUGCCGCACUCUAGAAGAACACAGGAACGUGUUCCUCUAAACCCUCUUCGACUGCGUUCAGGCUAUGAGUACUCUCCUCCUGUUCAUGUUCCCCAGCCUAUGACACAGCAGCCAAGGUACCUGGCCGAAGGCACUGACUGGGAUCUCAGCGUAGAUGCUGGCCUCCCUCAUCACCAGUACCAGCUCCAGCAGCUUCCGCAGCACUAUCAGCAUUACCUGGCUUCUCCUCGAAUGCACCACUUCCCCAGGAAUACAUCAUCUGCACAAGUGGUUGUGCAUGAAAUCAGAAACUACCCAUAUCCCCAGCUGCACCUGCUGGCACUGCAAAGUCUGAAUCCUUCAAGGCAUGCCACUGCCGUACGGGAAAGUUAUGAGGAGCUGCUACAGUUGGAGGACAGGCUGGGCAGUGUCAGUCGAGGUGCGGUUCAGACAACAAUAGAGAGAUUCACCUUCCCGCACAAAUACAAAAAGAGGAAGCCCUUGCAGCUAAAGAUUGGGGAUGACGAUGAAACAGACGUGGAUGAAAAAUGUACCAUCUGUUUGUCCAUGCUGGAGGAUGGAGAGGACGUCAGGAGAUUACCCUGCAUGCACCUCUUCCACCAGGGCUGUGUGGACCAGUGGCUGGCAACCAGCAGGAAGUGCCCGAUCUGUCGGGUUGACAUCGAAACGCAGCUGAACCCCGAUAGCUGAUGGGCUCUGACACACCCCACUGUGUCCAUCAUCCUGGUGUGGGCCCUGCUUUCUUCCACCCCGGCCUGCCAGAGCUCCUCCCCACCCCCCACCUGCCUCCUGUAGGGUACUUUGCCAAAUGUCCCCAGACUUCAUCUGACAUCGCCGCCCUUCUGACUCACGCUUUACUGAGCCAAGCCAGAAUUACUAACUGCACGAGAGGCUGCUAAGGCCUCCAUUUAAAUAGAAGCACAUCCUUCUGGAAGCAAAAGACACGUAAAUACACAUUCAUGUACACAGGGUUUACUUGUAGCUUGCUGGUUGUGCGUGGGGUGCUGUUGCUGUUGUGGUGUUGUACUGUAGGUAGCUCCGGGCUGUGUAGCAUGUCCUUAAAGCCAUGACUUGCUGUCCUAAUACUGGAACACAUAACCACUGCACUGAGCUGACUACUUUCUUUCUGUUUCUUCAUGCACACA